AUGGCAAACAAGAGCAAAGGCAAAGGGCGCGAUUCGCGUCAGUCGCGAAGCCGCAACACAACUCCAAGCUCUGGACUGAGCGCAAGCACCGCUACCGCCGCCUCGACUGUUUCUGGCUAUCUCGAUAACGAAUUUUCAAAACUCUUCGCUGGUGUUACCGUUCAAUACUCAGAUAUUCUUGAGCAGUCUGGUGGGGGUGGCAGUAUCCCCGAUAUUAAGACUCUGGAACUCAUAAGCGAGAAUCUCAAAACACUCAGUCAGCUAGCUGAUACGCGGGGUGAUACGUGCAACGCAGGGAUGCGCGAGCUAUCACAGCGAAAGAAAGACGUGAUCGAAGAUCAACGCGAACAAGAAAUAGAGCGAGAUGCUGAGGACAGAGUGAAGAUGAAACGUGAAGCAGAUGACGAUGAAGAACCGAGUAGAGCUUCCAAGGGAAAUAAGUUGAAGAAGCGCAAGGAACGCCCUCCCAAGGAAGAUCGUCCUCUUGCUGUUGGUGCUCACGAAGUUACCCGCCAGGAUGGAGGAGAACUGGGAGACCGUAAACGCAGUCGUGAAGCUACCUCUCCCUCGUCUAAAAAGUCUCGACAUGCCGUUGCUACAGGUAGCACAUCGUCGCUCUCGCCUCCCUCUUUAGCCUCACCUACUAUCAAAGAUGAGGAAGCCGCAGCUGGCUCUUUUGAAGAAGACAGCGAUGAUUCUCACCAACCCGAGCCUGCUCAGCUGGUCCCUCAGUUCCAAGUAUUUGGACCAAAUCCAUUGAAAUUCGACGAUCCCACAAUCUAUCAUAUCCGUGAAGUGACUCCUGAAACUACUGAUGAAAUGAAGAGGGAGAUUUACAGCGUCGCGCAUUUCCCGCCAAGUGACCUAUCUCAUAUGAUGGCAGGCACUCCACCAGACAAAGAUUUCAGUAAUGCGAAGCCAACUAAUCAAGUCAAUGCAAACACUUUCCUGACCUGGGUCGACCCUUUUGUUCGUCCUCUGACAGAGGAAGACAUUGCUUUUUUGAAAGAAAAGGCAAGUGGUGACCGCACAACCCCCUUUGUGAUGCCACCUCGCGGCAAGAAGCAUUAUACCGAGAUAUGGGCAGAGGAGGACGGUGCAAUGAACAUUGACAACCCCAACGAGAAAGACAAACUUCCUUUGAACCAAGGCAGAGGUAACAUCGACCAAAUCACAGACGAAGUUGCAGAGACGGACAAGGUGUCGGUUGGACCGCUCGUCAGUCGUCUCUAUUCUCUUCUACGUUAUGAACACCGAGUGGACCCCGAUGAGAACAACACGAAUGGUACCACGAACGGAGAUACCUCGAUGAACGGGCUUCUAGGGGGCGACUCAUUCAUGGACUUGGAUCAUCCACUUGGCGAAUCUGAGUCAAAGCCUCAACCCCAGCCAGCUGCAACUUCUUUCCCAGAUGCAUCUCCCAACGGAUUCAAAGUCCCCGCAGCGAAAUUGGAGCAUGCACAGUUGGAUGAAAGACUCAAAGCCGAGUUGCGUUACGUUGGCUUCUUAAGUGCUGAUGAUAACCCGGACUUUGACGCUCAUUACGACGACGAUAUCGCGCAGCGACUACGUCUACUACAGGGCGAGCUCAAGAAACAAAUGCUUAUCAACGGAGCACGCAAGACUCGUCUGCUGGAAAUCGCCAAGGAACGAAUGGCCUAUCAGGAAUACAGCACUAUUCACGACGACCUUGACUCUCAAGUGCAGCAAGCAUACCUCAAACGCACACGCACACUGGGUAAAAGCAAGAAGGGAUCGCAAGCCAAACACCGACCUGGCGGUGCAGGUGGUGGCAGCCACGUCGUCAGUGCCGCUGGAGUCGGAAGACCCGGUAUCGGCGACAUGGCUCGUACGCUUAUGGAUCGUCGCAAGCGUUGGCGUGAUUGUAUUGGGCCUGUGUUUAAGGAUAGCAAGACUACUGUUCCGUCAAAGGAGGAGAGUAUUUUUGAUCCUGUUACGAUGGCUGAGUAUGAGAAGGCUGAAUUGGAGGGUUGGGAUGAGGAGCAGGAGUAA